GUUAUUAUUAUAGUUGCAUCUUAGGUGGAAGACAACGUAAGUGUGCACCAGCUGGUGACAGUCCCUGGAUGGAGCUUGGCGGCACAAAACCUCCAACGAAGGGAGAAAAUGCUCAAGUUGUAAAACAACGACAAAAUUGUAAUAGAUAUUUUACAUUCCGGAAUUCUGAUUCACAUGUGGAACGGCAUAAGGUACAAGGGGAAAUAACUCCUUUAUCAAACCAACUGGGACAGCAGCACAGAGAUUUUAUCUCUGCUCGCCUACAGACUCAAAUACAGCUAGGCGCUAGUACAAGGACGCAAAAACUUUUACCUACAGAUUGUCAAGGGUUUGCCUCGUGGAUGUUCGUUGUGAUGCUGCUGUUCAUGGUUUUUUCUCAUGUUGCUGCUGCUUUGACAGGGUGUCCAUCUCCAAACUACAUUUUGCAUGAGAAUGGAUAUUGUUGUGGUGUUGUGUCUUGUAAUAUAAAUUUCUCGGUGUCAGUGUGCCGAACUGAUUAUGGCAAUGACUCAUGUGUCAAAUGUCCUGAAGAUAGCUUCCUUUGGGACCCAACAACGUCAGAGAGGGUCACUGCAUGUGUGAAACCAGAAUGUUUGGAAGGUGUUACACGACCAUCAACAGUGAAGUCGACAGUGUUGAAUCCGAAUGCCUGCCCCCAGUGGUGUCAAUGUGACUUACACGCUUAUUCCUGUGGGACAGAUCCGUGUAGAUGUGAACAGAAGACAUGUGGAUUUGGGUCCGUCCUGGAGCAGAAUUGUGGGUGUAGACCUAAUACACCUAGUCCUCCUAGAACAACUCCAAAGUUGAAUCCUGUGACAUCAGAAAAGUCAACAACUCCUGUUAUUUCUACGACGGGUGCUCUCCCACCUGAUCACACUACAGGUCCUGAUGUCAGCAUGUCAGUUGUACUUUCUACCAGCAAGCCUGAUGUUAAUGAAGAUAAAGGAUUGUCUGAGGCAGCAAUCAUUGGCAUUAGUAUAGCUAGUGGUAUAGCUGUGAUUACAGUGAUAUGUGUAAUAGUUUUUUGCUGUUGCAAACACAUAAGGAAGGAAAAAGGAACUGUAACAGAGGAAAACACUGGGAGUACUUCUGCUGACCGCGACAAGCCUGAUAGCAAUGGCCAAGAAAAUACCAACAUCAACUAUGUGCUCAAAACAGUUCUUGGAGACAUUGGGAGUACUUCUGCUGACAGCGACAUGCCUGAUAGCAAUGGAUCAAAAAAUGGAACCGUGAAUAAUAUAACUAUCCAUAUGAAUAAAGUAGAAAAUGUACAGAUAGGUACCAAAACAAAAGUGGAUCAAUCUGAAUCUACCAAUUCGGUGGAGGAGGAGGUGGAAAUGCAGAGUAUCACACCUUUAAUACACCAGGAAGCUAGCCGUUCCAGCCGGGAAAUGGAUGUGAAUGUAGAUCAGAGUCCUUCAGUACCUGAUCUUAACUUAUCUGAAGAUGGUUCUCCAGAAUCAAAACCACUCCUUGGUGGACGUUCAGACACAGACAAAUCUGGUACCUUUGGUGUUUAUGCAGGGGGGAGAACAAUCGAUCAUGAAACACAAAAGAAAACUGUUGUGUCAGAAAACAGUACUUCAGCUUGUGAACCAAAACAACGAAAUGGAGUUGUCUCAGCAUCUACAACAUUUACCGGUUUUCGCUAACCUGGUCCAAAGGAUUGAGUUGAAGUUUGUUUUCAUUACUCAAUGGGUUCUUGAUGGAUUUUAUGUGAAGGUUCCCUUUGUUUUGGUUUUUCUCCGGGUACUCCAGCUUUCCUCCACCUUCAAAACCUGGCACGUCCUUAAAUGACCCUGGCUGUUAAUAGGACGUUAAACAAAAACAAGCAAACAAACAAACCCUUUGUUUUGCCAAAAGCAGGUGACAUAUAGGUAUCACUAUGUCGGGGGCAUUGUUGUCCUCACAGAGGUUUCCAUGCAAUAACACAAGUUUCCUUGGGCCCCAUCAAACUCGAACUUCAUGUAGAUCUUCCUUACCGCAAGUGUAUGAAUAGAAAAUCGACUUCCAUGCAAGUGUGGCUAAUAUUUUGAUAUAUAUUAAAUGUGCACUCGUGAAAAAUAUCAAAAUAUUAGCCCCACUCGUGAAAUAUAUUUGGUAUUACUGA